AUGUGUCCUACCAGAGACAUGUUUUCUGCUAUACUCUCCGUUAUACGUACAGCGAUGCGACCAUUCCAAGGGAAGACGUUGGCCAUUGGGACGACAAUGCGAAGUGAUUUCAAUGCGGUUAUGUCAUUCAGCAAAUUUUCAUUUGCGUCUUUCUUUUCUCAAUAUGAUCCACGGGAAUUGUACCGUACUAUCAAAGAUUUCUUAUCGGAUUUGUUUAACCAACUUCAAAUAGAGAAAGUUGAACUACUGAAACUGAAACAUCGGCAAACAUUUAUUCGUUUACGUCGUGAAUAUAUUGAUUUGAUAAACAGCGCACGUUCGUUUUGUGAAACGUCUGUUCCACUCAUUGAACCUUUAGUUGAAAAACUAGAAGAAAUUCAUUCCACUGAUACCGAAGAACAUCGAUGUAUCGAUAUUUCGUCAUUAAUGAAAAUGGCAGAGAAAUUGAAUCCAGGUGACAUAUUAAAAAAAUGUGAAGAACUUGAACGUGGUAUUAUUACAUUUAACGAUGGUCGACGAUGA